UUUAAGAAAGAAACCCAGCAAACGGUGGGAGCUACACGGAUUUGUGUGGUGCCCCCCCCCGCAAGAUUCCAUUUUUAUUCCACCACCUCCACCUCUCUAGCUUUGUUUGCUUAGCGUCUAACUGGCAUUGCCCAGCAAAAGGGGGACCUGCUGGCUGGCUUCUUUUCGGAGAGAGGUUAUUUUUGAAGCGGAAGGUGGGGGGAGUCUUGGAGGCGGCAAGAUGUUUGGCUUCUUUAUUUUUCUUUCUCCCUCUCGGCCUUUUUUGGUUGGGGAGGGGGAAGGGGAGAAAUCUAGCCCCAGCGCAGGAGGAGGAACUGGGUAUUUGGAAGAUGUCACGAAUCAUUGACUGGAGCGUUUGAAAGGGAAAUCCACUGCGUUGCCGCUUCCCCCCAACACACACACACACCUCUUCUCCCCUUUUUUGUGGGUUGGAGUUUGUGACCAAGGAGCGGGAACACAGAUGCCCGUCUUCCCAAUGACCCCUGGGGAAGAGACCAAGUAAAUGCUCCUUGCAACAUGUUCGUGACCUGCGAAGGGACCUUCGGAAUGGUGCCAGCCACCAGGGGUUACAAUGGGGAAGCCAGGCCCGGGGAAUUCCAGACGGGCUACCAAGAAAUCGAAGGGAUAAACCUGGGAUACUUACAGAUCAAUGGCACCCAGAUGUUUGCUUUGGCGCAGGUCCUCAGCGACCUGUUUAAGGAUAUCCCCAGGACCACCAUCAGCAAGAAGAUGGAGACCCUGAAGAUCAAGAGACGCCGCUGCGAUCUCAGGGAGCUCCGGACCCUCAAAGCCAUCAACUCCGUGCCCACGCGAGCGGUGAAAUGCUCGCUCAUCUCCAAGGCAGACCUGGAGGCGCUCUGCACCUCCUGCAAGAGCCUCAACCCCAGGAGGAGGAAGAGGAAGAGGCGAGAGCAGCUACUGCUGCCGGGCCCCGCGGAUCUCUUCGACUGCCCCCGGCAGCCGCUGCGCUCCUCCUGCGGCCCCGGUCCCUACUGCACCCAGGAGCCGGGGAUCUGCAGCGAGUUGGCCCCCGCGCCCCAUCCCCCCGCGGCCGGGCUCUUCCAAAACUAUGACAAAGCCACCCGGGGCAGGAAGGGCUACGGCCUGGGGGGCCGCGGGGGACUCUUCGCCGGCGUGUUGAGCGCCUACCCCCGGGACCUCCAGCUGCUCCACUCGGCAGCCCGCGGGCCGCACGGAGCCGGGCAGGCGUCUCACCAGCCCGAGCACCGGCCCAAGCGGGGGUCCUGCUGCUCCAAAGGGCUCUUCCCCGAGGAGAAGGGCCAGGGGGCGGCCAGGAAAGGCCGCCUCUUCCCGGGCUCCAAGAGGCAGGGCACCUCGGCCGGCUACUCCAGCGACUCGGAUUCCAGCCUGGACUUCGGGGGCUCCAGCCCGGCCACCUCCAGCGACUCGUCGGAGGAGGAAGAGGAGGGGGACACGUCGUGCAGCAGCGAGGAAGGCAGCUCCUCGGAGUCGGAGAGCAGCUCGCUGUGCAGCGGGGACUCGGUGCAGAGCACCCGCUACAGGCAGGCGGCUCUGCCCCGGUUCCAGCAACUGCCCCACCCCCCCAGAGAGCCCAGCGGAGACGAGCCCCACAAAGCAGCCCUGCGCCCCGACCCCAACCUCCUGCUCCUCUCCCAGCAGCUCUGGGCCAGGACUCUGCGAGCGUCAACUUUGGAAAGUUUGAGGCCGCUUCCAGCUCUGGGAGCCGGGGCCCAGCAGCCGCCGGAGCUCGCGUGCGCAAAGCAGGAGCCCCCCUCCUCCCAGCCCUCCCCGAGCUGCAGCUACCCUGGGGGGGACCCACAACAAAAGGCGGGAGGCUGUGGGGAGACAGAGCCCUGCGCCAAAGGGAAGGAUUUGCACAAGGAUGCCUCGAACAAUGCAGCCUCGUUAGGCCCCAGUGACCAAGCAGAGAGGCAGCUCGCUGCUUUAGCCGGGCGAUCUGCUUCCCAAGAGCCCGCCCUGGGCUCAGCUCCUCCGCCCUCCGCUCAGGAAUUCGCAGGGAGCCUCAGCCCGGCUCCCCAGAGGGUCUUAGGGGAGCCCAGGAGGGAGCAUUUCGACAGGCUCAUCAGGCAAUCCAAGCUGUGGUGUUAUGCAAAGGGGUUUAACGCGGAUGGGAAAAGUUUGCGGCCCGGAGGGAGGACGGAGCCGUGCAAAGCGGCCGAGCUCCAAUGCCCCGGCUCCAAAGGCGCACCGAGCCCGAGCCCCUUGUCCAACAAAGCUUUGAAAGGCAAUGGCUCGGAAAGGAAUUCCAAGCGCAGACGCCUUGCCAGAGGCGCUGAGGCAGAACGGCAACAAAACUCCGCUAAGGGGAGGCCACAAAAGACUCCGAGGAGGAAUGCCCCAAAGGGGAAGGCCCAUUGCAAACGCCUGGCCAACGCCGGGCCAGCACCAGGCAGGAAUUCCUUCAGCCUCAUGGGCAACUUCCCCUGCACGCCUUCGCUGGUAGUGGGGGAGGAUGGGGAUCUGCGCCCCGCCGCCUCCCUGUGCGUAAAGAACUCCUGCGCGCCCUCCAAAACGCACCCGCUGUGGAGCUGGCAGGUGGGCGGCAGCGCCCUCCCUGUGCCCCCCAGCCUCAAAUUCCGGGCCUAUGGCCUGGAGGGUUUCUAAACGAGGCCGGAUGAAUGUUCGCCGGCCAGGUUUACAUGCAACAGUUGAGGGAGGGGGCGAGGGAGAUGAGAACCGGAUUAUUCCCAACGACCCUAGGGAUCUGAAGUGCCCAACUGGAGACGCCUUGAUUUUCAGGAAGGGUUGAGCACCCCAGCUUCUAACCCCCCACCCCAGCGCCCUUUAAUGUGUCUGACUCCCCCAAUCAAAUGGACCCCCCAAAUCACGUUAGGAAACUUUGGCCACAUAUAUCUACUGCUGGACAUUUGGAGAGGGGGAGGAAAGGGAUUUCAACUCUGGUUUCUACACGAUUUCUUUUUUUUGGGGGGGGUGUCCACCUUUCGGGGGUUCUGUGAGACAAUAAAACACCCGCCCCCAAACCAGGUCAGUUUGAGGAAUACCUCACCCCCUUUACAUUCGGUGGUUUAUUCCAACCAGGCUGAUAGGGACUAAAAUGUGCAUAUUGACUGGGAAGUGUUCAACAGUGGUCCUGCCCUCCCUCCCCUCUCCAAGUUAAACGAGAAAUGUCCCUCCCUUCCCAUUCACCCCAAGUUAAUUGUAUAUUGUCCCUUCCCACUUCCUCUGCGUUUGUGGGAGAAUUUAAUGCUGUCAGCCCAACACACAUUAAACCGAUCUCAUCAAAGCUUUCUCUUAAAAAAAACCACAAACGCUGAAGCAAGAAAAGAAUGGAUCUAAUUUCUCCUUUCCUUGAUACAGGCAUUGGGUUAAAAUAAUAACAAUCCCAUGCAGAGAGAAAGAAUGAUCUCUCCUCUAGAAGAAAUACCCCCUCUUUUGCAUUAAUCAAUCUCAUACGAAAAAUUGCAAGCAGCUAUUUAAACUAAAUAAUCUACUUUAUCUACCAAAGAGGACCCCCCCCCCAAAAAAAAGAAUAGGGAGUUCUGUCUGCAAAAAGAAAACAGGCGGGUUUCAGAGGAAGUUAUUGGAAACUGCUGCAUGUAAAAGAAAAGGAAAAAAAGAGUUGUUUGCUGGAUACCCUAAGUCGGAUAGUCUAGAGGUAGCAGGCCUGUAAAAGCUUUAUUGGCGCAAGAAAUAGGAGCCGGGAGCAUUAGGAAUUUAAGUGCAGAUGGACAAUUUGAUCUCUAUUAAGUUCCAAAGUGGAAUGCGGAGAAGAAUGUUGGGAGAAAGUUUCUCUUCUCUGUAAAGGAAAUCACAUCUCAGUCUAACUCUUCUUACAAACCAGUGUCUUUGGAGCGGGCCCUUUCGACUCUUUCUGAGUUGAUUUCACCCCUCUCGGACAUCAACGUUCAUCUGGCUCUGGAGUCUGUUCUGUUUUGGAAAUGUUAGACAAAUCAAAGCGAGUGUGAGCUUUUUUGCUUUUCUCCCACUCCUUUCCAGCAUAAAAUAUUUUCAACAACCCGCGGAUCUGACGCAGUCUGAGUGAGACCAUGCGAUUCCCUCAAUUUCAACACAUUGGUGUGAAUGUUUUAAUUCCCCCCUCUAUAGUGUUAUAAUUGACUCCAGCGGACAUCCUAUACACGGGGUUGUACUUCCACUAGAAAGAAAAGAAAGAAAGAAAACUUGUGGAUCAUUAUAGAAUUAUAAUCAAAGCAAGUAGUCAAACCUGGCCUCCGGUGAUUUCGAUUUUUAAUGUCAUUCCAUCGUUGGUGGAAAAAAAUAUCCAUAACAGGCCAAAAAUAUUUUCUCUUCAAUCAUUUAUUUUUUUCUCUUAGGCAUAUUGAAUUAUUUUGAUGCUAAAAACAUUCCUCUGUGGGGUUUUUUCCUCUUUGUUUUGCAUUUUUAAUUGAUUGGGUCGUUUUCUCCGUUUCAACAAAAUGGGUGGGAUUUCUCCUAUGCCUGUGCAAUUACUGUGGAAGGUUAUAAAAAUCUGCUGUCUGUUGUGUGAGAGAAAUACCUGUUCUGUUGGAAGUCUCUCUCCCUUCUCCAGUUUGCUUUUAAACCUCUUCCGAGCAGACUAAGUCCUUGUCUCCAAUGUACACACGCGUACAAAAAUGGAGUCUUUUAUUCUUCGCAUACAUACACUGCGCUGGUCGUCCUGGCUGCCCGAACAGGGGAUUUGAAAAGCAAAGCCCGGGAGAGAGGGAAAGAGGCACACACCGAGAGAAAUAAUCUUCUUGUUUUCCUUUUAAUGUCUUAAGGGGAAUGCGGUUCUCCAGCGCCUGCUCCAAUUUGCACAUUUUGCUUCUGGACUCCUAGCUGCAACAUCCAAAGCAGAUUUUUAAAAAUGUGUUUUCCAGGGUUUGUUUGGGGGGUUUUUUUUUG